AUAGCCUCUCGCGACUUCAUCUGUAAACACUGACGACAACACCUUUGUCCAACGCACUCGAUUUCGCUGCACUUGGGUCCUCGUUCCCUUGCGACCAUUCGCUUUACCUCCCCACAAGUCGUUCUCUUUUUCAGAUUCCCGUUAUUGCCAUUUUUCUCCCUGACUGCUAGCUGCCAUUGAGAUAGGGAAGCCUCCAGGCCAAAUUUUGAGCUCACCCGAACUCAUAUAUACCAAUAAAUUGCGCAACAGCACUUAAGCCACGUACAGAUACUCCCGGACUAUCGAGAAUCAAAUAUUUGUGUUGGAUAGACUUGAUUUGCCUGUUCCCAAACCGGGGUGUAAACUACACCCAGGGGUUUCUUUCGAAGCACCCAGCCCUCCUCCCUGAAUAGAACACUGUCACUCGUUGAACCUACCAAUGGUUCUCGCGGAAAUGGAGCACUGUAACAGGCUACCAACUCUUAUGGAGGUCCUGAAUCGGAGGACUCUCGCUCCCGUUGACCUUUUUUCAUUCUAUAUCUACAUGAGGGACCAGCAAUGCUCCGUCGAUUAUCUAGAUUUUUGGCUAGAUGUGUCGCAACACAUGUCACUAUGUCGCCAUUACGUUCGCGAACUGCGUCGUUCCGUUCUUCUUGAUACCCCGGAAGCUGAAAAGGCUGGAAGCCCACGUUCCUCUGAUGCUUUCGAAAGUGAUGAUACAGGGGCAGGGCCGUCUGGUUACGAAAGUGGAGGACGUCGGAAUCGCGAUAUGCGGCUGUCCGCCUUCUUGCGAUCUGAGAGCCAUACAUCCGGGCAGUCAGUGCACAGCACCGCUUCCAACCAAUCACCCCACCGAACUCAAUCGAAUGAUCCGCCGCCCCGACCUGGCAACCUAGACCCCGCGCAUACUACUGGCAACACUUCCAAUUCCCCUGGUCGUACUGUCGCCCGGGCUGAUAUCCGCGCCAGCGCGGAACGGAUUCUGUACACUUAUCUUUUACCUGGCUCGGAACGGGAAGUCAUCCUUCCAGAAAAUAUAGUCGAGGAUAUAGUGCAUAUGAUUGAACGGGAGGGUAGAGACGACCCAGAGGUUUUCGACACAGCAAAGGAUUACGUCUUCCAGGCAAUGGAGCGUGACGCGUUUCCAGGCUAUUUACAGGCGAAGGCCUUGGGUAACCUUGUCCCCCCCAGCAUCUUGGCGCGAUUGGUCCUAGCACUUGCCAGCUUCGGGGGAGGUUUCUGGGCCGCUUUUUACGUUGUUCUUACAGACCAACCAAAAAGCACUCGAUGUUGGGUUAUCUUGCCCUUCGUCUUCGCGGCGUACUUCCUCUCCUCAUAUCAAUAUAAGAUCGACCCAAUAUUUGCUCUAGCUGGUUUCAGCGAAUACACAUUCUUCACGUGGGCAAAAAUUCGGGAACCCUAUGUUCGAUCAUUGCUUAACAAACGCGCAUCCGUUUCCCUAUUGCUGGCAGCAUUUGUUGCAGUUGUCUUCUGUGUCCUGUUCAUUUUCGUUCCCGGAACUCGGCUUUAGAACACCCAACACAAUUUUCUCCUUUGGCACCACAUUUCUUCUUUGUCGUCAUCUCGCUUUCUCGCUUUUUCGUUCUACUCCAUUGCGCCAAAAUGCUAAGGGUUUUCUCGCUCAUUUAUUUGGACACAUAAAUUCGGCCUGGCGUAUUAGUCCUUCAUCUCAUAUACUUAUCCUAUGGGUUUUCUUCAUUCCGGAAUCAGCAAUGGCGUUUAGGAGUUCUCAUAUCAUACACCCGAGCAAUUUCCAAAUGGAGGCCAAAUAAUAAUUCAUGCCAUUGUCGGUUUUGACACCUUCUAUGUGGUGGCAAUGGCCGAAAAGGACAGAAAUAAAGUUGCACUUGGUCUUAUUUUGAGUAUCGCAAAAUAUCUUCAAAUAGUUUGGUCUAGAAGGCGGAGUUUCGAGCCACGCCGUCAUUCCAUUUUGGCUUAUCGUCUCGUCCCAGUUCACAACCUCCUCCACUAUGCUCAAGUUUUCCCUGCGAUUUUUAUGACUUUGGAUGCUUUUUUCUUUCUUUCUUUUUAUCUUUCCAUCAAGUCCCUUUUUCUACUUUACGCUAUUUCUUUGCUUCCUGCGUUGCUUUUGUAACUGAUAUAUCCCUGGUGGAAGUUUAAUGUAUGUAUUGGUCAAUUUAGCAUGGAAACACAUACGUUUCUUUUUUCUUUUCUUUUCUUUUUUUUAGAUGCUUCAAGCGAUUAGUAUUAGCUACCAUAUAUAUGCAUUAGUUAGCCCUGUUUCUAAGCUUUGCCUGUGCUUUAUCUUUAUUAUUUGAUUCCAGUCCUCCUGUCUUCCUCUUUGACAAUCUUAUACCUAACGGAGCCGAACAUGCAUGACC